CAAUAACAAUGAUGAUAAACCUUGUAUAUAUAUCUGCAUAUACAUUAUAAGUCUAUGGAUAUCAUAGACCUGAUAAUAAAUAAUAUAAAAAAUUAUCAAGUCUAUAUCUGUGACCAUUUGACGUCUCCUUUCACUAUUUUGAAUUUUCACUUGAUAAUGACAAGACGGCUAUCUAGUAUCAAGUAUCUAGUAUAUUAGACAGUAAUUAAUCACUUAUUAAUUAUAAGUUAAUAGUUAUUAGUUAUGUAAAUUAGAUAUAUUAUCUGUGAACAGGUACUCCUCUGAGGUUUUUCUUAAUCUAUGAAAUAAAAAAUAGGUAUCUAUCUUAAAAUAAAUUAUUCAUGAUGUUCAUAUUUUACUAUACCUAAGUCAUUAGUGGAAAUUUAAAAUUGUAUUUUUACAAUUCUAAUUAACUGUAACAAUAAUUGCACAUUAUUUAAGGUAAUAUUAAGUAUCUUAACAUUCUAAAUCAUGUGCAAAAUCACCAUACCUUGGAUUCCUAUAACAUUCACAAUAACACCUAUGAUAGGUGGUUUCAUUGGAGGCAUUUUUGUUCGCAAAAACAUCAAAGGAUGGUACGAGACAUUGAAUCGACCAUCCUGGAGGCCUCCAAAUUAUAUGUUUGGUCCAGUUUGGACUACUUUGUAUUUAGGAAUGGGAUAUGCCUCAUACAUGGUAUACCGUAGUGGAGGUGGAUUUUUUGGUGCAGCAAAAAUUCCUUUGGCAUUGUACGCAUCACAAUUGGUUUUGAAUUGGGCAUGGUCACCUUUGUUCUUUGAGUUUCAUCAGUUAAAAUGGAGUUUAGUGGAAAUUUGUGUAUUGUGGACUAAUGUAGCUGGUUGCAUUGUAACAUUUUAUCAAAUAAACAAAGUGGCUAGUUAUUUUAUGAUUCCGUACUUAGGUUGGUUGUCGUUAGCAACAGCAUUGACAUAUAACAUUUAUAAAAAUAACCCCGAAAUAUCAGAUAAAGUUAAUGAUGAAUAAUUGUAUUUGAAUUACAAUGAGUUUGUAUAAUCUUAUUUUUAUUAUUAAAAUUUAAAUUGUCAUCAUAUGGUAAAUGGUUAUAUAAAUAUAUUAUGUUAAAAUCUGUUA